AUGAUAUCAAAAGAUGAUUAUAUAUGUUCAAUUUGUCUUGGAGUUUUCAUAGAUCCUUGCAAAUUGAAAUGUUAACAUAUUUUCUGUCACUCUUGUUUAUUGGAUUUGAUUGAUUUUAAUAACAUUAAAUACAAAUGUCCUAUGUGCAGAAUAGAAUUUAUUAAUAAAGAUAGUCCUUUAUCUAUAGAUCAAGAAUUAUAAAAUUUUAUUAAGAACAACUUUCCUAAUUAAUAUUAAUAAAGAUUAGAUGAAUUAAAGAAUAUUUAAUCAUUACUUCCUAAUGAAUUGAAGAUUGAAGUUAAUUAUGGUAAUUACUAUAAGUUUGAAGAUGAUGAAAGUGAUGAUGGAUUAUAACAUUAAUGGACAGUACAUGUUAGUUUAGAUUAUACAAAAUAAUCAGAUAAAAUAGCAUUAAAAGAUUUGGAUUUGAAUAGUUUAAUUAAGAAUGUUACUUUUACACUUGAUGAAACUUUCUUUCCUGAUGUUGUAACAGUUCGAUAACCUCCAUAUUUAUUAACAAGAUGGGGAUGGGAUGUUUUCACAAUCCCUAUAAAAAUAAAAUUUAAGAAAGAACAUAACAUUCAACCAAUUGAAAUAGAACAUCAUUUGGUUUUUGAAAAUGAUGGAAUAGAAAAACGUUAAAUAGUAAAAAUUGAUAUUAGCAAUUUAACUUAAUUUUAGGCAUUAAAAUAGAAUCCUUAAUAAUAAUAAUAAUAAUAAUAAUAGUGA